UGCUCAUCUGCGAGGUGCCGGACGAUUGCAGCGCUGUAUAACUCCGGGAAGAACCCUUCCAACAACAACAACAGCAACAACAACAUAAACGGGACACUUUUCCGCUUCUUUUUUUCGGACGGUGUUGGAUCUUUUCUGGAGUUGCAUGCUUUUCUCCAUUCGGCUUUUUUUGAGUAUAGACGUGGCUAGAUAAAAAAAAAAGUUGCUCCAGCCGUACUGGGAUCACGGCAGGUCCUCUGUGAGAGAGCAACUGUGCUGAGAAAGCUCGAGAGAAGAUGUCUGCAACUAUCUUGUCCGCCUUCUACGACUUCGACAUGCUGUACAAGCAGCAGGACAAAAACCUAAACAUACAUGCAAUCAACUUGAACAGCAUGCUGGACAAAAAGGCAGUUGGGGCGCCGCUGACCACUGCCAGCACCUCCAGCAGUUGCUCAUACACGCCAGGCUUUUUCCGAAGGAACUCCAUCGGCAACGUGGACUCCCUGAGCAACAGCAACAAGUACCCGACCGCCUCUUACAGCAGCCUGAAGGAGAGCCCUGCCGGCAGCGUCAACACCUCCGCCAUGAACAAGGAGAACAAGUUCCGCGACCGGGCGUACAGUGAAAACGGCGAGCGCAGCCAGCAUCUGCAGGUCCUGCAGCAGAAGCCGGGAUCUCAGAUCAAUUCGACCCGCUAUAAGACGGAGCUCUGCAGGCCGUUUGAAGAGAGCGGGGCGUGCAAGUACGGCGAGAAGUGCCAGUUCGCCCACGGCUACCACGAGCUGAGGAGCCUGUCCCGCCACCCCAAGUACAAAACCGAACCCUGCCGCACCUUCCACACCAUCGGCUUCUGCCCCUACGGUCCCCGGUGUCAUUUCAUCCACAAUGCCGACGAACGCAGACCGGCCCCUAGCAACGCCAACUUGCAGGGGGAGCCGAAGUGCGCCCGGGAGCCCUGCAGCUUUGGUCAGAGGGAGGCGGCGCAGCCACACUCUUACAGCCAGAGGGACAAGCCCAAACUGCACCAUAGCCUCAGCUUCUCCGGCUUCUCCAACCACCAUGGAUUUGAGUCGCCGUUGCUGGAAAGCCCCACGUCGCGCACCCCCCCGCCCCCUUCCUCCUCCUCUUCCUCCUCCUGCUCGUCCAACUUUUACGAGGACGUCCUGUCUCCCAACUCCAUGUGCGUGAACGGCGCCUUUCCCUUCCCCAGCCAGGAUCUGAAAACACUUCUCGCCCCUUUGGCCAUCCACACGCAGAAUGGCUACGCCGCCCAGACCAACGGUGCAUAUUACGCAAAUCUGCAGACUGGCAGCGGGUGUCCCCCAUCCCCUCCGUACAGCAUGGGCCAUCUGCAGUCUCUGCGUCGCUUCUCCGAGUCGCCGGUCUUCGACUCCCCCCCGAGUCCCCCCGACUCCCUUUCGGACCGGGAGAGCUAUGCGAGCGGGUCCCUCAGCUCCUCCGGAAGCCUCAGCGGCUCCGAAUCGCCCAGUUUGGACUCCGGAAGACGUUUGCCAAUCUUCAGCAGGCUGUCGAUCUCAGAUGAAUGAUCUGUCCGGCACCAUUCUUACUUUUUUUGCAUCCGGAGAGGAGGGGGACCUGACAUUCCAAUAGUCAGCGCCACCCUCUGCUUCCCAACUAACUAUUAAUGAUCAAAGUAGAGACAACAGCCAAAACUACAGGAGACAGCAACCUAUCCUUGAAACGGCAUUAGUUUUUUUUCCUUUAACUUUACAUGUGUAAAAAUAGACAUCAACAGAAGGCAUUCCAUCUGUGACUUUUUUUGAGUUGCAAUUAACGGCAGUCUUUGGUCUACCCAACCAACUAUAUUUUGGGGAAAAGGGACAAUGCCUAUUUUUUUUAUAAGAGACAGCGGUUUUAAAGUUUCCUCCAUCCUGCCAAGAAUAUGCCUUGACACAAGUGUACCUUCCAUUCCAAGACUUAGAUCCGCAUCGCAGCGCCUCACGGUGGCUUGUUUGCUUUGUGUAGGCUGUUGCUCGGUUAAAAGCACUCAGAGUUGAGUUUGUUUGGGAAAAUCACUGCUGAUGGUUGAAUAUAUAUAUAUACAUAUAAAUAUUUUUAGCUUUUUUGAGUGAUUACAUGGCGGUGCGUAACGUGCUAUGAACUAUUUAACUUAUUUAUUAUCUUGUGAAAAAUAUAGGCUACAUUGGUAAUUUUUUUUUUCCUUGUGUCCAUACUGUAUUUAUCGAGUAUGAUGAAGCAAUAGAUCUAUAUUCUUUUAUGUUUAAAUUAUGGUCGCCAUUAUUAAUCUGCAUAAAGUGGAGUGUAUGUUCUUUUCACAGUAAUAUAUAUUGUUUUUGUAACUUCACUUGGUUAUUUUAUUGUAAAUGAGUUAAUCUUAAUUUAAGAGAUUGUAUGUGAUAUUUAUUUCGUUAAUUUUUCUUCGUUUACGUUUUAUUGAUAAAGACGGAAAUGUUUGCGUGAUUGCGGUUUGGAGGCCGACGCCGCGGAAGGUGCGUUUUUGUUUUCUUGUUCUCCAAACAGUCCUCCUAGGUGUUCCAUAGAAUGUAUAGAAAGGUGUGUACAGGCCGUCCAAACGUCAACUAGCCUUAAGCUUUUUUUUUUUUUAAACUAUCAGCCUUCAAUGACAAAGCCCAAGUCAAAUAAGUAAAUUGUAACCAAAAAGUAUUUGGUGCGCGUGGUCGCGAGCCUGAGAAUGUAGCAGAACCCCAGUGUUAUUGUCUAGUGCCUACAGGGGUCCAUCCUCCAUGCCUUAACCAAAUAAAGUAUUUUCCUCUGGAUAUUUUUAUGCGAGUCGAUUUGAAUGUAGUGUUUUGGCUUUUAAUUGCUCUCUACCAGUUUGUUACCACUUGUGACUUAAUACUUUUGGAGCAACAGGUAUCUGUUCCUAUCCUGUUGUCACCGUUUCCCCAUGUUUUUAAAAAAAAAAAAACUUUUUUUUCCCUUGGUGAUUCGAAAUGGUCUGAAUCUUCCAAACUUGCUGGACGGGGGAGUUUGUUUUUGUACAUAGUAGGUACGCGCUAUGUACUUCUUGACUACUUGUAUCAGAAGUAAAGCUUUUUGAAUGUAACUAAAAUGGAUAAAAAAAAAGGCAACAGGAGUUGUAUUAUAACUUUGUUUUUGGGGGGAGGAGUCAGUUCACUACAAAUUGAGUGUGAGACUGUUAACUUUGUACUGUACAUUUUUUUGUAGUUCUCCCAAUAAAAUCAUUUUUGGAAAAAAA